UAUGACCCUUGACAUUGUUUUAUAUCGUCGAUUUGUGUGAAAAUUGUAUCAAGUGUGCCCAGUUCAGUCCAAUGAAAUCAUGAUUGAGUAUAUCAUAGUGUUCCUUGUGUUUGCAGCAUCUAUGUUAGCUAGUUUCCUAUUUUUAGGAGGUGUUUUUGGUAAAGGUGAUACUCCAGAUAAGAAAUUACAGAAAGAAGAUAAUAAAAAUAAGAAGAAAUCACUGGAAAUAGGCAGAAAAUCAGAUGUUCCCAUAGAAAAUAAUAUACGGGAAGCUAUAGAGGAUAAAUUGGAUAAAAAGAAAAAUAAAAAUAGUAAAGGUAGUAAAGAAGAUUUAGGUAAAAAAAAUACUGGUGAAGUUAAUAAAAAAGAUAAAAAUAACGUUAAUGUAGCUAAAAAAGGAAAUAACAAAAGUUUAGAUGAGAAAAAAUCGAAGAAAGUUGAAGAUUUAAGUCCAGAAACUGAAUUAGAUUUAAACUCAUGGGAAAUUGCCAAAAGUAAGAAAACAACAAAGAAAAGUAAGUCUUCCUUAAAUGCCGAACCAAAAUUAUCAACCUCCCCAAAAAGUGAGAAAAUAAAUAAAGAAAAGAAAGUUGAAGCAUUUAUUUCUGAAAAUAGCAAACCAAUAGUGAAAUCAGAACCUAUUAUAAAUUCAGUAGAAGUUAAAUCUGAAAAUUGUUUACAAAAAAAAGAAUCAAUAAUAAGAGAUAAUAUUACAUAUUCAGAAAUUUGCAGCAACAAUAUAAAACCAAAAGAUACUGAAUUUUAUGAAAAUUUGUCCAAAGAAGAGCUCAAAAGACUUGAAAAAGAAUUGGAAAUCUGUACUAUUACUUUAAAGAAACAAGAAGAAAUUAACAACUCCUUUGAUAAUAACACAAAUCCUUCAGAAAAAGUUACCCCAAAUGGUGAUGCUGAAAUUCCAAAGAACAUUUUAGUAACUGAAAAUGGUAAUGCUCAAAUUCAAGAAAUAAAAGAGAAACCCAGUUUAUGUGAUAAUAUAGAAGACAUAGAUUCUGAGGAUUUAAAUCCAAAAACAGAUUUAAAAUCUUGUAAAAAUCACAUUAAAGAACAAGAUUUUCCAAUACAAACACAAAUCUUUAGUAAAGAACCAGAAAUUAUUAUUCCUUUAGAGAUACAAGAACAAUCAAAUAUUUCUUCAGAAGAAGUUACUCCAAAUGGUAAUGCUGAAGUUAAAGAAAUAAGUUUAUAUAGUAAAAUAAAAGGUACAUUUGUAAACAAUUGUCAAGAUUUAAGUACCAAUACAAAAGAUUUAAGAGAAGAAGAGUUAAAUUCUCGUAAUUUAAAUAAUAUAGAAAAAGAAAUAACAGAAAUUUGCAAAAAUCAUACUGAAGAACAUAUAAGUAUUUCUCAAGAAGUUACAGAAAAAACUAAUGGUGAUAAAAUACCUAUUUUAUGUGAUAAAAUAGAACAAAUUGUUGAACAAUAUUUCGAAGUAAUUGAAAAAGAUCCAGAAACGGAAUUAUUUGUGAUUAAAAAUUCAGAAGACUUAUGUCCUAAAACAGAUCAUUUAGAAGAAGUGGAAAUAGUCGAAAAUUGUAUAAAUCAACCCAGAGAAAAUUAUUCCUGUACUUUAGAAUACUUGAAACAAGAUUCUUCAGUAGAAACUCAAAAAAUAUUGAAAGAAGCAACGGCUUCACCCGAAUCGAUCCCGACAACAAACGAAACAGUAAAAAUGCCGGCGAUCGCGCAAGUACGAGUUCUAACCUUAAAUGACAACGAACACCAAAUAUCGACGAUCUAUAGAAUCGAACAUGACUGGAUUAUACAGUUUCGUUUGGGACCCUCUUUACUGGGCAGGAAAGUUAGUUUGAAAUGCAAUUAUCCGGUCGAAAAGAAGGAGUUCAAGAGAGAAGUCUAUCAGCAGUUGCCGUGGCUGAAGGAGCACGAAAAUUCCGACGAUACUGCCCUGUAUGCGCAGAUCACUGCGCAGAUUGCCGGCAGUUUUCAUUUCUACUUUGUCUACGGGGAAAGUGAGGAACCUCGAGGAUCAGGAUAUUUCUUGGUUGACCCUGUGAUUAAAGUGGGUGUAAAUGAUACUUUGCCCUUGGAUUGCAUUCAAUGUCAAACGGUUUUGGCCAAGAAUUUGGGCUCAUUUUCCACGUGGGAGAAUAAAUUAAGGGUUGCAAAAGAGUCUGGGUAUAAUAUGAUACAUUUUACACCAAUACAGGAGCUGGGAGUGUCAAAUUCAUGCUACAGUCUUAGUGAACAACUUAAGUUAAACCCUGGUUUUCAAAAAAAUGAUGGUUCUAUGGUGACUUAUGAUGAAGUUGAAGAAUUAACUAAUAAAAUGCGUAGUGAGUGGAAGGUUGCCUCAAUAUGCGACAUAGUCCUCAACCACACCGCGAACGAAUCAGAGUGGCUAGUCGAUCACCCGGAAGUAACUUACAACUGUCAAAACUGCCUGUACAUGCGUCCGGCCUACUUGCUAGAUGCAGCAUUGCACACCUUCUCGAUGGACGUGAAAAACGGCGUCUACGACACGCGUGGCAUCCCGCCCGAAGUUAGCACCGAAGAUCAUUUAAACGCGAUCAGAUAUCACUUGCACACCAGCGUUCUGCAACCGUUGAAACUUCAGGAGUUGAUGAUUUGCGAUGUUAGUAAAAUCGUGGUGGAGUUUUUAAAUGCGGCUAAGAGUGUGGAGCCUAACACGCAAGGGGUUUGUAAGGAAAACUUGGAGUUGAUUCAGGACCCUGAGUAUAGAAGGUUAAAGAGCGGGGUUCAUAUGGAGUUGGCGAUGAAGUUGUACAAUGUUUACCGUCCUGAUUGCUUCGAUGAAGACUCCAGAAUCAGGAAGUGUACUGAGGAGUUUAAAAAUGUUUUAGAUUCACUUAAUAAUGCUGUGAUAAGUGAACUGAACGAUCAUUUGAACGCUGCAGUUGAGAAUACAAUCGCUGGCCUAAGAUAUUUUAGAGUGCAACACGAUGGACCUAAAGUACGGGAAAUAACAAUUAAAAACCCUCUAGUUUUUCGUUAUUUUACUGACCACGGCGAACCAAAAACCCUCCAAGACCACGAAGCAUUAAUGUACAGCCCCAACGGCAAAUACUUAAUGGCCCACAACGGUUGGGUUAUGAACUCGGACCCUCUGCGCAACUUUGCUGCGCAAGACUCCAACGUUUACAUACGACGCGAACUGAUUGCGUGGGGUGACAGCGUCAAGUUGCGUUACGGGGAUAAACCGGAGGAUUGCCCGUAUCUCUGGGAGCACAUGAAGAAGUACGUCAAGGAUACGGUUAGGAUUUUCGACGGCGUUAGGUUGGACAACUGUCAUUCGACACCAAUUCCGGUUGCGGAGUACCUGUUGGAUUUUGCGAGAACAGUGAGACCCGAUUUGUACGUUGUUGCCGAGUUGUUUACCAACUCGGAUAUGACCGAUAACAUUUUUGUUAAUAGACUGGGCAUAACCUCCUUGAUCCGCGAAGCAAUGUCGGCCGGCGAUUCUCACGAAGAAGGUCGCCUGGUUUACCGCUACGGCGGCCAACCGGUGGGUUCCUUCUUGCAGCCACCGACGCGCCCUCUGGUGCCGAGCGUGGCGCACGCCCUCUUCCUAGACUUGACGCACGACAACCCCAGCCCUGUGGAAAAACGCUCCGUCUUCGAUAUGCUGCCCAGCACGGCCUUGGUAAACAUGGCGGCGUGCGCCAGCGGGUCGAACAGAGGCUACGACGAGUUGGUGCCUCAUCAUAUACACGUCGUCGAUGAGAGUAGAGAGUACACUGAGUGGGCUACCGACGAGAAGUUAGCCGUGGGCAACGCGAAGUACGUCACCGACAAAACCGGUAUUGUUCCCGCCAAAAAAGUACUGAAUGACAUCCACUAUAAGCUCGGCAGAGACGGUUUCAACCAGGUUUAUGUGGAUCAAAUGGAUGCAGAUAUCGUUGCAGUUACUAGACACAACCCCGAGUCCCAUGAGAGUUACAUUCUUGUCGCGUUCACUGCUUUUGGACAUCCAGGGGAGUUCUCGGAGAAUCAGCAGAGAAAUAUUAAACCGCUGAGGUUUGAAGGAAACCUCGUCGAGAUUGCAGUUGAGGCUACUUUAAGCCACGUUGGGGUUAAGAGUGGGAAAUCCAAGUUUACUAACAGCAAUAAUUUCGUAAAAGACAACAAAUUCAUCAACGGUUUAUCAGAAUACCAAGUUUCACUAAAAGAACAUAUACAACUCCCUGAAUCCGAUAUUUUCGAGAAAAGCGAUUCAGGCACCGAGAAUGUCGCACAACUGAACUUCAAAAACUUCAAACCCGGUUCCAUUGUGAUAGUAAGAGUUUCUCUACCUGAUGCAAUGCAAAAAGCUGUUCAGUCAGUGAGAAAACUCAUGGCCGAGUUUGCUAUAAGUAAAGAAACUAAACUAACGAAAAUCAUCAAGAAAAUGACUUUGUUUGAUUUAAAUAGGGCUUUGUAUAGAUGCGAUCAGGAGGAAAAUGACGAGUUUAAUCAUAUACAUGCCUAUAAUAUACCUGGGUUUGGAUCUUUGAUAUACGCAGGUCUCCAAGGUUUUAUGACUGUUAUGUCAAAUAUCAGACCUAGUAAUGAUCUGGGACACCCCAUGUGUGGUAAUCUUAGAGAUGGUAACUGGAUGAUAGAUUACAUCUGGCAACGCCUCAUAUUGAACCCAGGAACCCAAGAACUGGGAAAAUGGAUUGAAGAAAACGUCAAAUGUUUCAACAACAUUCCCAGAUACUUGGUUCCUUGCUAUUUUGACGUUGUAUUAACCGGAUUAUACACUUUACUGCUUGAACAAUGCUACAACUCAAUGACAGAUUUUGUCAAAGACGGUUCCACCUUCGUACGCGCCUUGGCUCUAGGCUCCGUCCAAUUGACGGGCUACGUCAAAUCCGCGCAGUUGCCACAGUUAUCGCCGAACUUGGCCCCGCCCAAACCGCCUACCAGGAUUAACGACAAAGGCGACGCAGAAGAGGCGUGCGCAACUCUCUCGGCAGGGUUGCCGCAUUUUUCCACAGGUUACAUGCGCAACUGGGGCAGAGACACUUUUAUUGCCUUGAGAGGCAACUUGAUCUUGACUGGGAGGUACGAGGAGGCCAGGCAGCAUAUUUUAGGUUAUGCUGCGACACUGAGGCACGGGUUGAUUCCGAAUUUGCUGUUUGGAGGUGUGCAAGCAAGAUUUAACUGCAGAGACGCCAUCUGGUGGUGGCUAUACUGCAUCAGAGAAUAUUGCACUGAUGUACCUAACGGUUUAAACAUUCUAAAUGACGAGGUGUCGCGUAUAUUCCCUACGGACGAGUCAGAACCUACACCAGCCGGCAGUGUGGACCAACCUUUACACGAAAUCAUGCAAGAAGCUCUUAACGUUCACUUCCAAGGUUUAGCCUUCAGAGAGCGCAACGCUGGCUCUCAAAUCGACGCUCACAUGACGGAGAAAGGCUUCAACAAUCAAAUAGGCGUACACCCAGAGACAGGUUUCGUAUUUGGCGGCAACGAAAUGAACUGCGGCACGUGGAUGGACAAGAUGGGGUCGUCGGACAAAGCCGGCAACCGCGGAAAACCCGCUACGCCGCGAGAUGGCUCUGCCGUAGAGUUGGUCGGCUUAUCCUACGCCGUAGUCUCGUGGCUACACUCCUUGAACGUCGAGAAAAAAUUCCCGCACAGCGGUGUCACGAGAACGCACAAAAACGGCAGCAAAACCACUUGGUCGUAUUACGAGUGGGCUGGGAAGAUCAAGGCCAACUUUGAGAAGUACUUCUGGGUGAAUACGGCGCCGGUAGAGGGCGAGAUAAGGCCCGACUUGAUUAAUAAGCGCGGGAUUUACAAGGAUUGCUACGGGGCUUCACAGGACUGGACCGAUUUCCAACUGAGGUGCAAUGUUCCUGUAGCAAUGUGUGUUGCACCGGAAAUAUUUAACCCUCAGCAUGCUUGGGAAGCUUUAAAACAAACAGAAAAAUACCUUCUUGGGCCUUUAGGAAUGAAGACUUUGGAUCCUGAGGAUUGGGCUUACGAUGGAAAUUAUGAUAACUCCAAUGAUUCUACUGAUUUUAAAUUGGCCCAUGGUUUAAAUUAUCAUCAAGGACCGGAAUGGGUCUGGCCAAUGGGAUUCUUCCUCAGAGCCAAACUGCAUUUCGCCGCCCAAAACAACGCGCAACAAGAAACCGUAUCCAAACUUAAGACAAUUUUGUCACGUCACUUUGUUGAACUACAAACUUCUCCGUGGAGAGGCCUGCCAGAGUUGACCAAUAAGGAUGGAGCAUACUGCAAUGACAGUUGCCGCACGCAAGCGUGGAGCAUGUCAUGUAUACUGGAGGUUUUGUACGAUUUGCAAAAAAUCGAAGCAAAACUGAUGAAAGGCAAUUGACUUAGUGCAAAUGUAGAAGUAUUCAACGAAACUAGUGUAAAUAAAUUAUUAAUUCAGACUGAUGCAACGAAGCUCCAACUUAUAAUUCAACAUAAACAACUUAAACAGACUUUAUACAAAGUUGAUUUAUGUCCAAAACUGGAGAUUGAAAGUAGGAAUUGUUUUCUCUGUUACAGUGAUAAAUAUUUUAAGAGCAAUGUUAGCUUAGAUGUAGAUUUUACGGAUUUUACAGACUUGAUACAAAACGAGGCAGCUUUAUUAAUAGAAAAAUAUUUUAAUACCCCUGUAUCACGCGUAGUUUUUUAUAAAAUGCCGCUGAACAACUCCCAAGGAUUGUUACUUAACAUUACUAAAUACUGCAUAACUCAUUUCGAUUAUAUCACGGAUUUUAAUAGGAUGUCCUAUAAAUAUUAUAAGCCAAUUUUCACCCAUUUUAACCGGUACAAAACAAGUACAAAAAAUCCGCAAUACAAAUUCAGAAUUUCUACGUGUUCCAAAAAGAAAAUUAUUGAGAACUUUGAUGAAAUAACUCCAGUUGAAGAAGAAGUUUCUCAGAUAUAUGAAGUCAGGAUUCCUGAAGAGUCACAUUCUUUAAUUUUGGAUGCCAGAAAGUUGGAUGUUAUUCCAAAACGUAGAAAACAUAGGAUAAGCCACACAGAACAAAAUCAAAUUGUUAGAGUUACUAUCCUGUAUAUUCUUGCCUUUUUUGCCUUAACCCUCGUCACAUUUUUUAUUAUAUAUUUAGCUUAAGUGUAUAUUUUUUGUAAAGAAAAUCUGUUAUAUGUAUUUUAAAUAAUUGUUUGAAUUUUUAAUAGUAUAUUUUAAUUUUAGAAUGUUAGUGCUCAAUAAAAU